AUGAGUACUAGUGGAACUACAAAAGGCAUACCAAUCCCUCUGAAUAUUUUCAAAAGAAAGUCUAUACCUUUUGGAAGAAUAUCUCGCGUUACACCGAAGCCUGAACAAUUAUUACAUCCAUUUUAUAGACCGGGAAAUGUGUCAUCAUUGGGGCUAUGCAUGAAGGAAGGGAAACCAGCAUUACUAGACUCCAAAUCCAUUAUACCCAGUAUUGUGCAAAACUCAAAAACUGGGAAUCCUGUUCUGGCUAAUUGUUCUCUAGCUUUUUCUUCGGUGCAAGGAGUCUCGACAUGGUUAAAACAAUAUGAAAACUUAAGAGAAACCAGAACAACACCAUUUUCAACAAUACCGUUUCCAGAUUUGAACAGAUAUUUAACCUCGUUACCUAAAUCAAAGGUUGAAAUCAUAGAAAAGGCAUACACAAACCUAAUCAAUAAUGAUGGCAGCCAUAUCAGCAAAGGUAUUAUUUUAGAACUAGUUCAUGAACUCAGUUCUGACUUCGAGUUGGCAGUUUUUUCUGAGAAUAUAUUAAUAUUUUUUUUGAAUGAUAAAGUCUCAAAACGAAGUGAAUUGGCUUGUGUACUUGAAGCAGCAUUUGACCUCCUUGAUACGCACAUCGAUCAACCCAAAACGAUCUAUAAAUUUUUGAUGGCCUUCUUUGCCAAGUAUUUUGAAGUACCAGUUCAGACAGACACAGACUUAAAUACAUUGAUGGUGAAGCUACUGAUGAAACUGGAAAAUAAAUUUCACUUGGAAUCUAUGUAUUCAAAAAUGGUCCCUGAACUGACAGAAGCCCUAUUUUCAUUCUAUACAAGAGAAGGUAACCUUCAUGAAGCGAACAUUGCCAUUAAUGAUCUCAUAAAAAAAGGAUUUAUACCUAAAUCUGAAGAUAUUGAGAACUAUCUUACAUUAAUAAAUACCAAAUAUCCUGGGCACAACUCUCAAGAUUACAUGUGGCGGUUAUUCCAUAUUGCACACUUCGAAGGUCUAAUACAGUCUUCUGACCACCCUAAUUUGUUAAAGUUUUUGGUUCAAAACUGCCGUCACCGCGAGGAAAUUGAAACAGUUUUUACCAUUGUUGCCAAAAAUAAAAAUUCAAAGAUAUUGCUAGAACAUUUAACAGCACCUGUAAUUGACAGUAUAAGUAAUAUGAAAAUGCACCGGGUACCGAAGAGUAGUUUAUUAUCUGAUUACUAUAAGAUGAUGAAGUUUGCAUUUAAUAAUGAGUUAUCCCAUCAACUCAAACUACUACUUCUACAAGGCUAUAUUACGUUUGGGAAUUUUUCCAUGUCUGCAAAAAUAAUUGAGGAUAACCAUUUAAAUCUAACAGUUGAUAUAGCAAACAAAUUAAUCAAAAUUAUCAAACAUAACAACAAAUUAUUUAAAGGAAUAGAUUGCCCUGGGUUUAGUGAGGAGGCCUUAGCACUAUUUUUAGAAUGUUACAUUAAACCAUUUGAAGACGAAUUAAAUCAACAUUCUAAAAAAUGGCUAAUAAGGCAGCAACACUACUGUAAAUAA